UGACCUAAAAUUCAGACGCAACCGAACGUUUGACAGUUUACUGAGAGUUUGUUAGUGGGAAAAAAGCAGGUCGUUAACAAGAGUGAGAUGUAAAUAGAAGCAGUACAAAAAAAUUAAUCGUGAAAUGACACUGGAAGAUAAUAUUUUGCAAUAUUAGAAUCCGGAUAUCUUAACUAGGACGUUUCUUUUGAUUAUCAUGAUUUCUGUGUUUGUGCGCGAAUCCGUGCAGACAGUGAAAUAUUCAUAUGGAAUGAAAAGUGUUAAUAGAUUGUAAGCGAUAAGUCGUUAGGGUUGUCUUGUUUUCGGGCAGUAAUUUUCGGAGACUUACGAAUAACGCAUUCACUGUUUGUAAACAUUGUGAACAACUGUGAAUUUUUGGAUGAAUGCCAAGCCGCUAUUUAUAUAAUUUUCUCAAAAAAUUCAUUAACGACAAAUUCCUUGACGUUUCUAUUGUCAGAAGAAGCAACCAAUUCAUUGGAAGUUUUGGAAUCUCUGUCAGUGUCUAGCAGCAGUAGUAGUAGUAGUAGUAGCAGCAGCAGCAGCAGCAUUGUAAGACCAUUGCACGAGAUUUCAUGGUUCUUGUGAUAAACGUAAUACGAGGAUGGUUGAUAUAACAAGCUACUGGCAAGUUGCACUUCUGCACUAUCAAGUGUGGAUAGUGUGCUGCUGGUUAUUGGCACUGGAAGUGACUGUUCUUGAGCAGCCUCCACCAGUAAUCCAACCAGGACAACAGUGCCACCUUCACGACAUACUGUAAUUAUGCCUCAGUUGGGUACACAAACAAAGAAUACGACGCCUGCAACAGAAGAAUCGGGCCAGAUGAAGCUCAUAUUCCACGAGGACUGGCCAAGGAUUCAGCCAUGGCUUCACAUCAGGAAAUAUUCUACCUGUCAUAUGCAAAAAUUGUUUAUGAAAACGUCCAAUUGUGACAACAAAUAUAAUGCAUGAUGAGAGAGCUGAGGAUAAUGCAAUAGCAUGUGGGCUAUUCACUUUAUUCCAUCACAUGAAGAUAGAUGUACAUUUGAUUGGUUUACCCCACAAAACAAAUGUGCUCACAAAGGCACGUUUGCAAGACCUUGUAAAAGAAUUUGAUCCCAAUGAACAACUAGAUGAAGAAGUGGAAGAUGUCUUGCUUGAAAUUGCAGAUGAUUUUGUGGAAUCAGCUGUAACAGCUGCAUGUCUGUUAGCUAAACAUAGGAAAGCUAAUACAAUUGAAGUUAAGGAUGUUCAACUCUAUUUAGAGAGAGACUGGAACAUGUGGCAGCCAGGUUUCGGUAUGGAAGAGCUUCGUCCGUACAAGCGGACGGCUGUGACAGAGGCACACAAACAGAGACUGGCACUAAUACGUAAAGCUGUAAAAAAAUAUUAAAUUUAUGUGUAGUGCACUGGUAAUUAUUUUAUUCAUAAAUGAAUGUCAUUAAUGCUUAAACUUAUAUCCUUUAAAUUUCCUGUUGUGCUGUCUAUAACUUCAUUUAUUGUUACCAUAGACAUAGCAGAAUAUUGAAAUGGUAAUGUUCUCCUCACAGUAUUUUUCAUCUUAUUCUAAGCAUCCUUGCUUCUAAAUUACAGGUACAAAUGAUUUACCCACUACAUUCUCUUAUGUUCAUUCUCAGUUAGAUCAUAGGUAUGAAGAUUUCGUACUGAUAUACUGUUUUCAUAUGUGGCAUUCUAUUUCUACCAGUGGUUGUUAGUGAUUUCAGUAUUUACUUGUUUACUGUCACUUACAGCAGAUCGUAAGUUUUUCAAUGUGUUGCACAUACUUUUCACACUCCAACCAAAUAAUGUCAUGAGAAAAGAACUGGAUUAUUCUUCUGCAUAGUGUUCAUUUAUCAGUUUGGAAAUGCCAUUGCCCUGACUUUGGAUUUCCUCUGGUAACACCUGCUGUCCAUGUUUCAGCUUUCAUUUGUUUCAGGUCUGUUCCCAUGUGUUGCCCUUCUAUUAAAAAAUAGUUUCAAUUAGUUAAGUCGAAGUCCUGUUGUGCAGGGUUUCCGCAGUUACUUUCACUUCCAUUUAAUAAGUACCUCCAUGCUAGAACACUGCAUCCACAUGUCAAAGUGAAGUGAGUGGCAGUCAUUACCCUUCUCACUAACAAAGCUGCAUGGUCUCCUUUACCCUCACUUGGGCGAACACUUGUCAACUGUGACUUGGCUGGGAUGUGGCCCCUUCCAUGUGGCUAAGAAAACAUGGCAGUUAACUUUGUCACAACACAGUGUGGGGCAUAGAGGAAGAGAAUUUCCUGUUGUUCAUAAUGAUUGGUUUUUAUAGCAUAUUCAAACAUAAUCGUCAAUACUGUUUUGAAGACAGCAUGCUCCCACAUGCUUGUAUUUUGUCUUUAAUUUCUUACUGGUCAUCGUAAUACCACUAUCCCCUCCCUCCCCCCAAACCCAUGCAGGCACAUACGCGCACGCUUACACACACACACACACACACACACACACACACACACACAGAGAGAGAGAGAGAGAGAGAGAGAGAGAGAGAGAGAGAGAGAGAGAGAGAGAG